AAAGAAGCUGCGUCUGGAAUGUGAGCAUGUGACUAUUAACCUAUUCUCUCAUUAUAUGUUUGCUUAAAAAUGUGAGCAUGUGACUAUUCACCUAUCCUCUCAUUAAACGUUUUUAUAAUAUUUUGAUUGUUCUGAUAUGGUAUUUCUCAUUAUUUGAUAACAAUUUGUGGAAGCUGGGAAUUGACUUGAAUGGUGGCUAGCGCUUGCUUUGAUCCAAAUUGCCGUCAACUUUUAAUCAAUACUAAUCAACUUUUUGUGUAAUUGUGAAGUGAGAGAUGAAGACUCUUUUAUGCUUCAUUGCUGUGCUGUCCAUUACUGGUACACAAGGACAAGAUGACAAUCCUACGAGUGCCUUGAAUGGGUUUCUGGUGAAUGAUGAGAGAUGUGGAACUCAACCUGCUAUACAGCCAGACCCUUCCUACACGCCCUAUCCCGACAAACUACAACUUGUUGAAAAAGGAGAAUUUCCUUGGUUGGUGUGGGUUUCUAUACAAGAUCCGGAGCCGAAGACUUUUGAUCCACUUAAUGGUGAAGAUUUCACGAGAUGUAUGGGUACAAUUAUCGCCAGACGAUACGUUCUAACAGCUUCAAGCUGUCUCGCCAAUUAUGCAGCUCUAGGAAAGAAUCCUGAGGAAUUGAGUGGUGCUGUUGUGGGUGCCGGAUUUCUUGAUCCUACUGCACCAUGGAGUUGUAAAAAUGGAGAAUGCCCUGAAAAUAUUUACCUCGCCAGAUCUGCGUUAACUAUGGACGAUUUUGGAGCAGCUGAUAAAGCAAAUAAUAUUGCACUGAUUGUUACUGCGAAAGACAUAGUUUUCAAUGAUUACGUACUACCGAUUUGCAUGCUGCAUGACGAACUGCUCUAUUCGCAGAAAUUUUGGGGUGAACGCGGAGUUAGGGUGACUGGAUGGGGCCACAAAAACGAAGAAAGCCGCCGCCACAACAGACUGAUGCAAGCACCAGCGGAGAUUUUCACGGAGGAAGAAAACAAAAUUUUCCACAGAAAUCAUCUGCCGGAUUCGAUGCGGAGCAAAGAGGUUUACUACUCGUUUUUUGGCGUGGGAGGCAAUGAAGAUGAAGUCUACACUGACGAGGACAUCGGAGGUCCGUUCAUGAUCAAGAAACUGAUCGAGUACUCAGAUUCUCCGCGCUAUUAUCUGUUGGGGAUUCGUUCCUUCAAGGCGGAGGAAUCUCUGCCGCCUCACCACUCUACAUUCGUCUACACCAGGGUCGGCUACCAUCAAAAGUGGAUACUUGAUCAUUUGUCUCCAGUCCACUAGUGACUUUGAGCUCUUUAUAUACCCUAUUUAAAAAGUCAACGGAUUUUCAUUGAAACCAAUUUGAGAAAAAGAACCUUUCCCACUCUGUGAAUGUUUGGAUUUGAUCUUUCUGUCAUUGACGCUAUGCAGCAUUUUUAUGGAAACAUUUUGAGAAAUAUUACAAAUACCCCACUGGAAAUAUUGGUGUUUCAGCAUCAAGAUCGUUUUUUCUUCAAUUUGUGUAUGAUUUUGAAGUUGUAAAACAUUUUGAAAAAUAAAUAUUUCACCACACUUUGGAAAUUGGGGUUUGAAUUGCUUCUUGAUCCU